AUGGGAGGGGCAACGGUCCGCUGGAUUAUGCGAUCGUCUGCGCCACCUCAGCGAGACAAUGGUGAAAUCAAUGCAAAACCGGGAAUACUUGAGCCAGUAGAAAAGAGCGAGUGGAUGUUUCCAUCUCAUCGUCAGAUUCUAGAUCGACGGACUUCAACGAACACCCAAGUAUCGAUUUGGGCUCCUUUUGAUGAUGAAAUGCAAUGGCAAGUCUUCCAAUUAAGAUACCAGUUUUUUCUGCCCUGUGCACAAGUAAAACUGCUUAAAUCCCUUUCGACUAUGGCAGCGUUAGGAAUACCUGGCGAAUGUGGAAUCUUGAAGGGCACGAUGACGUUGCUUCGUCUGGCUCUUCUGCUAUCGACUUCUGCGUAUACGGAGGAUAUCUCCAUUGCUGGCUCGCUGUUAAGAGAUAAAAUUUCUGGACUAUAUGAAUCGAUAGUGAAAAGGGAGAGGCGAUUUUCGAAUUGCGAGCUUACGUCUUCGAUGAAACUUCUUGUCAAGAGACGGAUUGGUCAAUCUUUAUUCCAUACUCUCAAUAUUUUCAUGUUCAAUGUUUAA